AGUGCGUAACGAAUGAGCGAAUAGGAUUAUGCUGAAAUUUCUCAAAAACAAAACGUCCGAUGAGGGAUCGAGCUCAAAGGAAAAAUCGUCAUCAGGAAUCAAAGAAUUUCUGGAGAAAGCUCGAGAGGACUUCAAGCAGCGAUGGGAGAACCCAGCACAGAACACUGCAAGCCUCGAUGACUUCGACCGCAUCAAAACGUUGGGUACAGGUUCAUUUGGAAGGGUAAUGCUGGUAAAACACAAGCAAUCAGGGAACUACUUUGCCAUGAAGAUAUUGGAUAAACAAAAGGUUGUGAAACUGAAACAAGUCGAGCAUACGUUGAACGAGAAGCGAAUUUUACAAGCUAUCGACUUUCCUUUCCUCGUCAACAUGCAGUACUCUUUCAAAGAUAACUCAAACCUCUAUAUGGUGCUCGAAUUCAUUUCCGGUGGCGAAAUGUUCUCUCACUUACGCAGGAUCGGACGCUUUUCCGAGCCACAUUCUCGCUUCUACGCCGCUCAGAUCGUGCUAGCAUUCGAGUACUUGCACUCGCUCGAUCUGAUUUACCGAGAUUUAAAACCCGAGAACUUGUUGAUUGACAGCACGGGAUACUUGAAGAUCACGGAUUUUGGAUUCGCGAAACGGGUCAAGGGCCGUACCUGGACCUUAUGUGGUACACCUGAAUAUUUAGCGCCCGAGAUCAUUUUAUCCAAGGGUUAUAAUAAAGCCGUAGAUUGGUGGGCUCUUGGAGUUUUGAUCUAUGAAAUGGCAGCCGGAUAUCCACCGUUCUUCGCCGACCAACCCAUUCAAAUUUACGAGAAAAUCGUUAGCGGGAAGGUGAAAUUCCCAUCACAUUUUUCGAACGAGCUGAAAGACCUGCUGAAGAACUUGCUUCAAGUCGAUCUCACAAAGCGCUACGGAAACCUGAAGAACGGUGUCGCUGACAUCAAGAACCACAAGUGGUUCGGUAGCACCGACUGGAUCGCCAUUUACCAACGGAAGAUCACGCCGGCAUCGUUCUCGAAAUGCGAGCCAGGCCGACUGUUCGAGGCGCUCUAUCCACGCGUCGAAGGUCCAGCUGAUACUCGACAUUUUGUCGAAGAUGUAAAGGAGCAGGAGAACUGGACCAUCUCCGAGGAGAAUCACCACGCCGAUGUCUUCGCCGACUUCUGAGGUGGAAGCGCCGUUCUUGCCGAAAUGUCGUGGUCCAGGCGAUGCGUCGAACUUCGACGAUUACGAGGAGGAGCCGUUGCGCAUAUCGGGCACUGAGAAGUGCUCCAAAGAGUUCGCCGAAUUUUAAAGAAGAAGUGAUUCUCCGUCUGCGCCAUACUCCCUUUCCUCGAUUCUUGCCGUCUCAGCAGCAUCUCUGUGUGUGUGUCUAAUAUCUGCUAGCAUCUCCGCUACCGUAGUAGGUUCCCGGUUCUCCUCUCUGACUGACCGUUUUCGAUGUGUACGUUUCUCCCGGUGAGUGCACCCACG